AUGGAAAAGUUUUUGCAGCUCCAAAAAGAAGUACAUAUUUUGAAAAAUUACACUUUAGUGAACAAUUUUGAGGGUACAAAUCUUGUUAAGAAUAAGCGGGGCGCUGCCAAUUUGUUGGAUAAUUUUGAUUGUGAUAGCGGUCCGAUAGGAAUAAUUCAUUUAACACAAGAUUCAACGACCUCUAACAACGGCGCAAAGAUUUCGACCUUGACUAAUAACAUGGUAUGUGCUUCGGAACCUGUUCAACUUCAAACACAGCGCUCGCCGUCUCUGUCAUGCGCUCCGGCCAAUGCAUUAACUGUCUCCGCGCCACCUCCGCAGUGUUUUUUGCCCGUGGAGGCGGCUACUGCGGUUUCCGCCUGCGCCGAAAGUGCGGUGCGGGCCUCGCAAAACAAGUUUGACUGCGAACGUGUGAUAGAUGCUUCAAGCUGUAAUGUCGAUAACUUACCGAAUGAGAAUAAUAAUUUAUGCGUUAGUAUGGCGGAAAUAGUACGAAGUAAUAAUAAACAUUGGAAAGACAAGGAGCAGAAUGAAGAAUGGAAAAUUGUUCAGAGAAAAAGCCAAACAAGAUUAAUCCUACCAGCUAACUGUAUAGCAAAGAUAGAUGGUUACAAGAUCGAACCAACCCAGGAGAUAUUAGAUUCUGUGAAGAGUGAAUCAUUGGUGGGAGACAAAUACGUCUUUGGAGACCUUCCAGAGUUGAAGCUAGACACGAUUGAUUUUGAUUCUACAAAUAUUGCCUCAGCCAGGCUUAAAAGGGCUAAUGAGGUCUUCAAGGUGUCUGCUCCACAGGUAGAAGCUAACUGUAUAGCAAAGAUAGAUGGUUACAAGAUCGAACCAACCCAGGAGAUAUUAGAUUCUGUGAAGAGUGAAUCAUUGGUGGGAGACAAAUACGUCUUUGGAGACCUUCCAGAGUUGAAUCUAGACACAAUUGAUUUUGAUUCUACAAAUAUUGCCUCAGCCAGGCUUAAAAGGGCUAAUGAGGUCUUCAACGUGUCUGCUCCACAGGUAGAAGGUAGCGUAGCAAAACUAUCAGACUUGAUCACCAAUUCUCGGAAUGCUACGAAGACUUACCACUCGGAUAUAGAGAUAUUAACUAAUGAAAUAAUCAAGUUAAAGAAGAAAGUUGCCGAAGAUGCGGCAGCAGGAUUCUCAAUAGGACGAUCACACCGUGUAUUUGAAAUCCCAAUCGAGCUGUGCACUGUCCCAGGAAGAGCUAUGGCAUGGUCAUGUACACCAUCCAAGGGUUAUACACAACUGCUAGAACAGAACCAAUCCAUAAAACGAUGGAGCAAUGCCAUGGUUAUGAAAUUAGAUUUAAGGCAGAUAUCAUUAGUUAACUCCGAUUAUCCAUCUCUCAAAUGGAGUCAAAAUGUGCCCAGCAAAGUAAAGGUAAACCUAAAUCAUUUGGGUCAUAUAAUCAAUCACCAUGCUAGAUGGGACUGGCUAUCAUUGAACAUUGUGUCUGUUACAGGAUUGGGUAUCUCAUUUCCAGGCACAUUUCGGUACAUCUAUCAUUAUAGUAAGCCCGCUAGUGUAAAUUACCCACAUACUGGUGCAGUGACUGUUGAUGAUGAGUGGGAUGGUGACCUUGAAUUGUAA